GUACUACAGUGACUACCAGUACCUGAGCGAACACUUCCGGGAGGCCCACUACCUGUGUGAGGAGGGGCGCUGUGCUACGGAGCAGUUCACCCACGCCUUCAGGAGCCAGAUCGACUACAAGGCCCACAAGGCCUCGGCACACAGCAAGAACCGAGCCGAAGCACGACAGAACCGACACAUAGACCUGCAGUUCAGCUAUGCCCCUCGCCAGACCCGACGCAACGAUGGAGGCAUGGUGUCUGGAGAGGACUAUGAGGAGGCGAGGUCGGGUCGGGGGGGAAGAGGAAGGAGCCAAGGGAACCAACCGAACACCAGAGGUAGCUGGAGAUACAACCGUGAGGAGGAGGACAGGGAGUUGGCAGUAGCAGUCAGAGCCUCUUUGAUGCAGCAGAGGAGACGGGAGGACGGAGGACGAGACUCCCAGGACAGGAGCGCAGCGCCCAAACACCGCAAAGAGGAGAGGAUGGGAGAGGCCCGAGCGGAUGGAGAGGCCCGAGCGGAUGGAGAGGCCCGAGCGGAUGGAGAGGCCCGAGCGGAUGGAGAGGCCCGAGCGGAUGGAGAGGCCCGAGCGGAUGGAGAGGCCCGAGCGGAUGGAGAGGCCCGAGCGGAUGGAGAGGCCCGAGCGGAUGGAGAGGCCCGAGCGGAUGGGAGAAGCUCCCCAGUGAGGACCAUGAAGAGUAACCCUCUGACAGGAGACGACUUCCCAGCCCUCCUGGGGGCUGCAGCACCCACACUGAGUGUAAAGCCCCCCCCAGCCCUGAAGACUCCGGCCCAGGUCCCUCUGAAGGAGGAUGACUUCCCCAGUCUAUCUGCUGCCAUGGUUAUGACCCCCAUGACCCCCGCCUACUCCGCCCAACCCAGGAAACACUCCUCCUUCCAAGAAGAAGACUUCCCCGCCCUGGUCUCUAAGAUCCGCCCUCCCAGACCAGCGGGCGGAGCUACCUCAGCCUGGAGCCAAGCCAGCAGCAGCAACACCUCCAAGACGGUCAUCCUUCCCUCCUCUUCCUCUAGACCUCCCCCUAACAACCCUCCUCUCCCCCCCGCCGGCCCCCAGCUCCUCUCCUCCUCCUCUUCCUCUCGGAGGAAAAAGCUCCCCGUGCGCCGCCCCUCCCCCCCGUCCGAUGAUGACAAUUACGUUGCCAAGACGAUGCAGGAGCACCGAGCAGUUCCAACCAUGUUGGAUAUCUCCUCUCUUCUCAUCACAAAGGAUCUAAAUCUGCCCCCUGCCCUAACCCUCCCCCGUGACAUCAAACCCCACUCUAUUCCCGCCCCAAGCCCCACAUCCAAGACAGCCAAGAAGAAGAAACAGGCCACGCCCCCUCCAUCAUCAUUUGGGAACCAAGUUCCUGUCCUCAUGGAAACGGUCUCCAGGGUACAGAAGGAGAACGUUCCGGAGAGCUCACGCCUCCAAGCCACUGGCUUUAAAAGUGCCUUCGUCCUGAAGAGUUCUGCCCCCCCCAGAAACCUGUCCCCCCCUCCCCCCGGCCAGGGCAGCACCACCCCUCCUAGUAAGCCCCCCCCAGGGUUUACCGGCAUCCCCCUCAACAGCAACGUGGUGGAGCCUGCCCCCCCUGCAUCCAGCCCCGUCCCCAGGGUGUACCUGGCUCCAGAGAACUUCCAGCAGAGGAACAUGGCACUGAUCCAGUCCAUUAAGAACCUACUGCAGAACGACCAGUCACGAUUCAACCAGUUCAAGGACUACUCUGGACAGUUUAGACAGGGUCUGAUGUCAGCCGUGCUGUACCACCAGAGCUGUAGGACUCUGUUGGACAACUUUGGCGGCGUCUUCAAUGAGCUGCUGGUGCUGCUUCCUGACACGAGGAAACAGCAGGAGCUGCUGACGGCCCAGCGACCGGGCCAUGGAAAGACAGGGAGGGGCGGGACCAGGAAGAACAGGAAGAGUGCCUGGCAGACCUCCAGCGCCAUCUCUAAUGCAGCCGCGCUGGACUGCCAGGUAUGCCCCACCUGCUGCCAGGUGCUGGACCCUAAAGACUUCAACUCCCAUAAGACCUUGCACCUAGGGGACAACGAGGACUUCCCCUCCCUGCAGGACAUCAGCCGCAUCAUCAGCUAGCCCUGGCCUGGGACAGACAUGCGCACUGCCCAAUCACAGCCCUGCCUGUUG